AGAAGCAAGAUAGAGCAUCAGUAACAUGUUUUGUUGAAUUUAGCGGUGUUUGUUAGAUAAGAGAGUUCAAUUAAGCGACGGCUUCACCCAAUUAAGAAACGCUGAAUGUGUGUAUAGCACCUUGAAGAUGAGUGUGAGUGAAAAAGAAAAGGACCCGGCGGCCCUGAAAGAGGAGGGGAACACCCUUUUUAAAGUAGGAGACAUUAAGGGUGCUGUUUGCUGUUACACCAAAGCACUAAAGCUAAGUGAGAGCCAAACAGAGAGGGCUGUGCUGCACCGCAACCGGUCUGCCUGCUACCUGAAACUGGAGGACUACAGCAAGGCAGAGACUGAUGCCUCCAAAGCUCUUGAUACUGACCCUGGAGAUGUGAAAGCCAGGUUCAGGAGGUCUCAGGCUUUUCAGAAACUUGGUCGUCUUGACCAGGCCUUUCUGGACGCUCAGAGGUGUGCCCAGAUGGACCCCAAAAACAAAGCCUUCCAGGAUUUGCUCAGACAGCUGGGAGCACAGAUCCAGCAGAAGUCGGCGCAACUAAACUCCACAGAUGCCCGUGUGCAACAAAUGUUCUCCCUCCUCUUAGAUACAUCUGCAAAAGACAUAGACCGACAGAAGGCUGCUCAGAAUCUGGUGGUGUUAUCUCGUGAAGCGGCAGGAGCUGAGCAGAUCUUUCGUAAUGAUGGAGUGAAACUGAUCCACACACUUCUACAGUCAAAGAAGGAAGACAUUGUACUUUCCGCUCUGAGAACGCUGGUUGGCUUAUGCACAGGACAUCAGUCCAGAACUAUGGCUAUAGUGAAUGAGCUGGGAAUGGAGCAGCUGUGUGCAGUAAUGGGAUCAGGGGCUUCCACUGUGUCCCUGGCUGCCUGCCACCUGCUGCAGGUGAUGUUUGAGGCUCUGACGGAGGGCAUGAAUAAAGAGAUCAGAGGGAAAGAUGAAGCCAUACUUCCUGAACCAUCCAAGGAACUACGCUCGAUGUUGCGCCACCUCUUGGAGAUGAUGCCAGCAGCUAAUGUGUCAGGGCCUGGCAGAGAUAGUGCCAUCAACCUCCUGGUCAAACAAGUGCCACGCAAGUCUUUAAAAAACCCAGACAACUCCGUCACAUUAUGGGUGAUAGACCAGGGCCUGAAGAAGAUCCUGGAGGUGGCAGGGACAGUACCUGAGCUCUCAGAAGGACCACCUCUUACAGACAACUCCCACAUGAGCUGCUCUGUCUUGCUCACCAAACUCUAUGAUGACCUUAAGAGCGACAAAGAGAGGGAGAACUUCAACAAAUUAUGUGAAGAAUAUGUUCAGCAAUACUUUAGCCGACAGGGCCUUAACGCCAAGCUGCGGGCCAUCCAGACAGUAUCAGUGCUUCUCCAAGGACCAAGCGAUGUGGGCAACAGAACUCUGGAGAUGUCAGGAAUGAUGGAUGCUGUGAUUUCUCUGUGUGCCUCUGAAGAUGUAACUCACCAGCAGAUAGCAGUAGAGGCUCUUAUCCAUGCUGCAGGCAAGGCCAAGAGAGCCUCCUUCAUCACAGCCAAUGGCGUGGCACUUCUAAAGGACCUCUACAAGAAGAGUGAGAAUGACAGGAUACGCGUGAGAGCUCUGGUGGGUUUGUGCAAGCUUGGAUCAGCAGGAGGGACAGAUUUCAGCAUGAAGCAGUUUGCAGAAGGAUCCACAUUAAAGCUUGCCAAGCAGUGCAGGAAGUGGCUGUGUAAUGAAUCUCUGCCUCCAGCAUCGCGCCGCUGGUCUGUGGAAGGCCUCGCCUAUCUCACCUUUGAUGCUGAUGUGAAGGAAGACUUUGUGGAAGACAAGAACGCUCUCCAAGCCAUGUUUGAACUAGCAAAGUCUGAGGAUAAGACAGUGCUCUUUGCUGUGGGCUCCACAUUAGUGAACUGCACCAACAGCUAUGAAGUGGAGAAACCAGACCCUCAAAUGGUAGAGCUGGCCAAGUAUGCAAAGCAACACGUGCCUGAGGAGCACCCUAAGGAUGCAUCUUCCUAUGUGGAGAAGAGGCUGGUAAAGCUGCUGGAGGCUGGUGUGGUGUCUGCAUUGGUGUGUAUGGUCAAACAGGAGAGUCCAGCCCUCACUGAGGCUUGUCGAGAGUGUAUUGCCAGGGUGUUUUUGGCUUUGGUGGAACGGCAGGAAGACAGAGGCACAGUGGUGGCACAGGGUGGAGGAAAGGCUCUGAUCCCACUGGCGUCUGACAACACAGAUCUAGGGAAAAUCAAAGCAGCACAAGCCCUGGCUAAAAUAACUAUCACAUCUAAUCCUGAGAUUGCCUUCCCAGGAGAAAGGAUAUAUGAGGUGGUGCGCCCGCUUAUCAGUCUUCUAAGUCUUGAAUGCUCCCUGCUGCAGAACUUCGAGUCACUCAUGGCCCUCACCAACCUGGCCGGCAUCAGUGAUAGACUCAGACAAAAGAUCAUAAAGGAGAAGGCUGUUCCAAAAAUUGAAGGCUACAUGUUUGAGGAGCACAACCUGGUCCGAGCAUCUGCCACAGAGUGCAUGUGUAAUUUGGUCCUGAGCACAGAGGUGCAGAAGCUGUACCUGGCCACUGGGAGUGAUCGUCUGAAGCUGCUUGUGCUCUUUAGCGGAGAGGAGGAUGAAAGGCUGAGAAAAGCUGCUGCGGGGACAUUGGCCAUGCUGACUGCUGAACAGCCUGAGCUAUGCCCUCGCAUCCCUGACACUACAACCCAGUGGCUGGAGAUCUUUCAGGCACUGCUGCUCAGUGAUAUAUCUGACCUACGUCAUCGUGGAGUGGUCAUCAUUCACAACAUGAUGCAGGCAGACAAGAGUCUCGCUGACACGCUCAUGGAGAGUGAAGCUCUGGAGAUUCUUUCUGUCCUGGCAAAAGGAGGAGAGGGCGUCCCGGGGCCAGUUUCAAGGAUAGCUCAAAACUGCCUGGACAAGGCCAUGGAGUACGGCAUCAUCAGGAACAGGGAAGGGAAAGAAAAGGCAGAAGGAACUGAACCCUGAAAACACUGCUGCAGUUUGCGGAUAAGCCUCAUGGCACUGUUUAAGUACUGUAAGCAUUAUGAGGGAUCAGUGAAAUCAUUUCACCUUCACCAGAAAUCAGUUUUGGUCUGGAUGGAUAAAAGGUGACCGGGAAAUUCUUAUGUGUCUUACACCUUAACGAAAAAACUGUGAAAAGCAAUACAGAAAUUUGAAAUAAAUACAUUAUAUGUAAACCAGAAGAUACAUUCACAAGUGUUUUGGCCCACGAUAGCUUUGGCUGCUGUCUCACAUUGAUUUUCCACUUAUUGUAUUUGUCUUCAUUAUACUGUAUGUUAAUGAACAUCCUGCAAAGUAGUCCAAUAAGGCUGCUUUAUACAUUCCUAUUCCUUGACAUUCGCAAAAAAAACCUUUGCUUUAUUUUACACACUACUGUAUUCAUUUUAUAAUGAUUUCUGUCCUAAAGACAUUUGAUUAACAUAAUUGUGUGCUUAUUGUUUUUUUU